CUUUAAUAUGUUCGAUCACCCCAUCCCUCGGGUUUUCCAGAACCGCUUCUCAACCCAAUACCGCUGCUUCUCAGUAUCCAUGCUUGCUGGACCUAAUGACAGGUCAGAUGUGGAGAAAGGCGGGAAGAUAAUUAUGCCACCAUCAGCUUUGGAUCAACUCAGCCGACUUAAUAUCACUUACCCAAUGCUGUUCAAGCUGACCAAUAAAAACUCAGACCGAAUGACACACUGUGGAGUGCUUGAAUUUGUAGCUGAUGAGGGCAUAUGUUACCUUCCACAUUGGAUGAUGCAAAACUUGCUUCUGGAAGAGGGAGGCCUGGUGCAAGUGGAGAGUGUUAAUCUUCAAGUUGCUACUUACUCAAAAUUUCAGCCACAGAGUCCAGAUUUUCUUGACAUCACCAAUCCCAAAGCUGUAUUAGAAAAUGCAUUGAGGAACUUCGCUUGUCUAACUACUGGAGAUGUUAUUGCCAUCAACUACAAUGAAAAGAUCUAUGAGCUUCGGGUGAUGGAGACCAAACCAGAUAAAGCUGUGUCCAUCAUAGAAUGUGAUAUGAAUGUGGAUUUUGAUGCUCCUUUGGGGUACAAAGAACCAGAAAGAACUGCACAGCAUGAAGAGACCACAGAUGUUGAAGCAGACCACAGUGGAUAUGUGAGUGACGUAGGAUUUCGUGCAUUCUCUGGUUCUGGGAACAGACUGGAUGGCAAGAAGAAAGGAGUUGAGCCCAGUCCAUCACCCAUUAAACCAGGGGACAUUCGAAGAGGAAUUCCCAACUAUGACUUCAAGAUUGGUAGAAUCACAUUCAUCAGAAACUCACGUCCGCUAGUUAAGAAAGUCGAAGAGGAUGAAUCUGGAAGCCGGUUUAUUGCCUUUUCAGGAGAAGGCCAAUCCCUGCGCAAAAAGGGAAGAAAACCCUAAGUUGUGGUACCUUUAGUCAGUUAGGUGGAAAAUAAAACAACAAUUGCAGCA